UAAACAUCCAUCUAUCAGUUAACCCGUCCAACAACGAUAUCGCAGGGACCUUGCAGUAUAUCGCAGUUGAUUAGCAUCACUGACAUUCAACACAGGGUUAUCCGAACAGGAAAGCACAUUAGCAACACGGAGACCCAAAGAACCCAACAGCACUAUGGAGAACGAUGACGCCGCUCACAAGGAGCAAAUAGAGGAGUCAGAUAGCUUUGCUUGGCGACAAGAGCGUCUUGAGCUCUCGAGAAAGCUUCAGAAGCGCUACGAUGCCGGCCAGCCACUCUUUACCAAGAGUCAACUGGCCAGUCUUGCGGAGCAAAUAGCCCACAAGAGCCGUCUUUUCCAGAUCGAGGGCAUGGAUGGGAAAAUGAACUGGGAUCCUAUCGGAUGGGAUCACUUUGAGGAAGACGAAACACUCUCAAUCAACUACAGACCCAUUCAGCGCCUGGUCAUCCCGUCGCCAUCGGAUCAGCCAGACGAACUUCCAAAACCUUGUUGCUCUGUAGACGUGGAGCGCACCACCCUGCCCUCCCAAAUGACUACAGACCAAAUCGCCUUAGCCGUUGGUAAGAUAGGCACGGCGUUCGAGGAACACGAGAAGACGUGGAAGAAGAGCCCGCAAUGUCGAGAGCUCAAAGACAUCCUAUCCCUAGUCUUGACCCCCAAUGUAAUCAACAAAAUCAUCUGCUUCGGUCUAGGCGACUUGACCCCUGAUUCCGACGAUGAUGAAUACCAUAUAUGUAGCGGACACUCCGCGCCUCGAUGUCAUAUUCAGCACGCGGUCGCCUUGACUUUGGCACAAAUACUAGGCGACCGCACCGGGCGGGAGAUUCGAUGCUACUCGCAAGAUCCAGCGUACACCCAAGCCUCCAUCGAAUUUCUCAAGAGCCGCAACAUCGUGGUGCUUAAUGAUCCUCAGGGAUUCCUCGACGUCGACGAACACACGCUGGUCUUCAGCGUCGCUCCGACUGUACCUGUCAAGCAGAUCGUAACGGACCUGGCCAGGCCAGCCGUCAUCAUCUGGGAUAACGAAACACCCGCUGAAAUGGAUAAGAUGGCCUGGGAACAUAUAAGGUUCCCCGACGGCAGUGAGACGUGGAUCAGUCCCUGGAUUUCCGAUCCUGACUCUGCGCGUACAAGGAAGAUGGAAAAGGAGGAGUACACAUCCUACCCCUUUCCCGAGGACGAGGUCGCCAUGUUCGAGACUCAGAUUCUUGUCAAAAAGGCAUCGAGAGGGAACAAAGACGCGGCGCAGUGCUUGUGAGGCUGCUUCCUAUGCUUAGGACAGGUCACAUAUGAAGGACAUUGAAUCAUCAACUAUAAACCAACCCUUCUGAUGUCUCUACUAGACUGGCAGUGUCUUCGGAAGCCUCGACCUUCUAUGUCCGCCACAAUGGAAGUGGACCAGACCAGGGACUUGGGCAGAGGCAUAAACGGUGAAAGCUGUGGGUAGACAGGCAGCUUAGGACAGACUAGCCUUGUCAAAUUGCAUUCUUACACUGCUCCGUGUUUUCCAAGGUACCAAUGCCAUGGCUAAGGGGUAAAGAAGGGCAAACAGCACUCGCUUCAACUACGUGUCCUCGUUUGCACUUGCUGAGACU